ACUAGAGGGGAACAUCCCAAGGCAAUAUCUCAGAGCAUCACUCUAAGGACAUAUGCACCAGGAGGAAAAAUGACCAAAUGUCAUCCAGUAUUCUGCUCGCUUUUGUUCUUCAUCCUGAUACAUGGGGCAUUACCUUCUGAACCUCGACACUGGUGGCCACCACAUGGAGCUGUUAAGUCCAGAUGUGACCUACCUGUUUGUGUGAUUCUAAUGUCAUUCUUUUCAAAUCAAUUUCAGGUGAAAUGUCCAUAUAAGAAAGUAAACUUGAGUUGGUUCACUGGAACAGUGAACCCCUGCCCUGGUUUAUAUCAACCCAUCUGUGGCACUAAUUUUGUAACCUAUGAAAACCCCUGCAUCUUGUGUGUCGAGAGCAUGUGAGUACUAUUUGGGAAAGAAGAGAAGGAAGACAAACUUAGUCCACCACAGUUACCAUGUACCUCUUCUGCCAAGUGUAUCAGCCUUGAAGCCAGGAAUUUGCUCCAGUUUGCAGAGAUAAUAAUCAGUCCCCAGUCAUAAGAGCAUGUGGUAAUAUAAAGCCCACUGGGGUAGAAAGCAGACUCAGUGUACUCUGUGGUGUUUCAGGGCCUUCUGUCUGAGCCCUCACAUUCCCAUAUGCCAAGUGAUGGAUCAAAUCCCCUAUGCUACAUGAAGCUUUGGUUAUUCCUUUGAGUCCUGAAAUUCUUUGGUUUGAAAUUCCGGUUUGCCUUCUCUAAGAUACCUUCAAUCUUUUAUGUGUCUGAAACUCUGAGCUAUGAUGAGGUGACUGCAAGGUUUGGGUCUUUUUGCUAAGAGCCCCUGUUUAGGUUUUUGGAUUUAUGGGACAUGAUUAUCAGUGAUUAGACACUGAGAUCUCACAAAACCACACCUUCAGGUUUGACCUCUGCUUAAGCCAGUGCAGUUC